CUUGGCCAGGAUUUCUGAUUUCCAACUGUUAAUAUCCGAGAGAAAAUCAAAUUUUACUUGUUAUAUAAAGAUGUUUUCAUAAAAUGAAAAACAAAUUGUAAAGCUAAAAUCGAAGCUGCGAAAAGUUCGCGGUUUGACGAUGAGAUGACGCUACAUAAGCUAUCUAGAAAUUGUUGCCUCUUUAAAUGCGGUAAUCACAAACUAAAGUAUAUUUUAUAUAAUAUGAGUUAGAUCAUUAUAAAACUCUUUGAAAUUGCAAAGAAAAAGCUGAAUUCUCUCUUUGAGUUGUAUUGAUGAUAGAUGAUUAGUCUUUUUAGGUGGAAUAUAAUAUUGUUAAGAAGUUUGAGGCAUUCCUAUGGAGAUGUCGCCACUUUUGUUAUCCAACUAUCGUUUUAUUAGUGGCGCCCUAGUGAAAAGCGUUCUUUCUUUCGUGACCAUAUUCUGCAGAAAGAAGUAACAAUGGCGGACGCUGCUCCAGCCGCACGUGGUGGUUUCCGUGGAGGAUUUGGCUCGCGAGGAGGUGGAGAUCGUGGAGGUCCUCGUGGACGAGGACGCGGAGGAAGAGGUAGAGGCCGUGGCCGUGGUCGUGGCAAGGAAGAUAGCAAGGAAUGGAUCCCUGUUACUAAGUUAGGGCGUCUAGUAAAGGAUGGAAAAAUUCGCACUCUUGAGGAAAUCUAUCUCUUCUCCUUACCUAUCAAAGAGUAUGAGAUCAUUGAUAUGUUCAUUGGACCCUCCCUUAAGGAUGAGGUUCUCAAGAUCAUGCCUGUUCAGAAGCAGACUAGGGCUGGUCAGCGUACACGUUUCAAGGCCUUUGUUGCUAUUGGUGACAGUAAUGGCCAUAUCGGCUUGGGAGUUAAAUGCUCCAAAGAAGUAGCCACUGCCAUCCGUGGUGCUAUUAUCCUGGCCAAACUCUCUGUCGUUCCAGUACGUCGUGGAUACUGGGGUAACAAGAUCGGGAAACCCCAUACAGUUCCAUGCAAGGUUACUGGAAAGUGUGGUUCAGUCCAGGUGCGGUUGAUCCCUGCACCCAGAGGAACUGGAAUUGUUUCGGCUCCAGUUCCCAAGAAGUUACUUCAGAUGGCUGGUAUUGAAGACUGCUACACGUCUGCUCGAGGCUCUACUGGUACUCUGGGUAACUUUGCCAAGGCUACAUAUGCAGCCAUUGCCAAGACAUACGCCUACCUAACUCCUGAUUUGUGGAAGGAAUUGCCCCUGACUAAGGCGCCUUAUCAGGAGCAUGCAGAUUAUCUGUCCAAAAAUCAUCGUCCUGUAACUGGCCAGAGGCAUGCGGAGGUUGCUUAAAAAUAAACUGAUCCUCCAUGGAA